AUGAUAAGGUCAAGGCCCAAACGUACGGUUUCAAGUAAUAUUGACUACAACCUUAAGAGGAGGAAGGUCAUAAAAGAAGAGGAUAAUGCUUCACCAGGUCUAAAAAUGAAUACGCCUUCAGCUGGUGAAUUCGAGCAUGAAAACCAUGAUGGGCAUUUGGAAACUGAAGAAGGACUGAAUAAGCCAGUGGUGAAAGUACAAGUGGGUGGCGAAGUGGUUUUUAAUGAGCCAAGCAUUUCAGAGCCUAUUAAUGGUGUAACUGGAGCGCCACUGAGUGCUCUUCCGAACGAGAGGGUGAAGAAAGAAUCCUUAUGGAACUAUAAGGUGAGUCGUGAAAUACCUGUGGAAAUGGAACAGCAUUACAAGCAGGCCUUGGUUAAGGACGAGGAUAAGUUUCAGGAAGUAAGUAGCCUCAGGUCAGAGGUAACUCCGAAUGACAUUCAUGCGGAAGCAAGAGAACAUACAGCUGCUCUUAAGAGGAAAUAUAACUUAGAAAAUAGGAAAAGGGGCAAACCCGAUGCUAAUACAGCACCUACGGUGGUUUCUCUUUCUGUUAAGCAUAAAAGAAUUAAAGCUAUCAAAGAUAAGGAUUCCAAGUUGUUUGGGCAGAAUAGUACUGCAAACCACGUGCAUUUACCUGAAAUACGAGGACCGAGGAAGGAUAUAGAGAACAACGACUUUUGCUCCGCCUGCUUUCAAACUGGUAUCUUCCUAUGUUGUGAUACAUGCCCGAAGUCGUUUCAUUUUGCAUGCUUGAACCCACCGCUAGACCCCGACAAUCUGCCAGAAGGUGAUUGGUCAUGUCAUGAAUGUAGAUUUAAGCAAAAGAAUCCAAAUAAGACCAUAACUGCAAAAAACCAGCGGCAGUUCCUUUCUCAGCAUGCUAAAGUAGCAGGUGUAUCGUUAUUUGGCAAGCUACUGUUUCAAUUAAAAUCGAUGAAUUCCCAGCAAUUUACGUUAACCCAACAGAUAAAGGAUACUUUUAUAAAUGUUCAAACAGGACCACAUGGUGAAUACCAAGAUGAUAAUAUGAAAGAACCGCUAACUGAUAGACAGCUUUUUAAUGCACCUUACCGACAAUCGAUUACUAAAUCCGAUUCGUAUAACCCGGAUACACACUUCACAGGCCCAGACGAGCAAGAGUUUUUAAAAUGUUACAAAUGUAAAACAACUAAAAUGGGGACUUGGGAUCACCCGGAGACAGAACGUACAAUAAUGCAAUGUGAUUACUGUAGUACACCAUGGCAUUUGGACUGCCUGCCAGUCCCCAGGGCAUCUCGCAAGAACUUGGGUUCCAAAUGGAAGUGUCCUUUGCACGCAAUUGUGCCAAAAGAGAAGAGAAGGCUUGCAAGACAUCAAAAUUAUAUAUCGCUUCCUCUAGGUGCCUGUAAUGAUGGGGAUAUUGAAAUUAAACUUGACACCGUCCCAAUUGUAGCGAAUGUAGGCAAAGAUAUGCAAAAUGCCUGGGAGGCAGGUAAGAAAUACAACGUUAUACCUAGGGUUCAAGAACAUAAUGUGAAAUUAGAAUUUCUGGACAAGGUUUAUAAGGCUAAACAAGCUCAGCGUUUUCAGGAGAUAUGUCAGCAAUCUUAUUUUCUAGAUAAGUUGUUGUACUCACUUCCAAACGAUGAGAUGAAACCUUGGUUGUACUUUUCACUUCCUGAUACAACAAGGAAGUUGUGGGAUUUAAAGGAGCUCUGCACUGUCGCGAGUACUGAAUUGAUAAAGGAAGAGGUAUCAUACGAGGAAAUAAAACAAUUACAGCUACUAAAAAAGUUGAUCGAAUCAAAACCGAAAAAGGAUGUGCUUACAUUCUUUGGAUUGAAUAAAUAG